AAUUAAGAUAACUCGAGGACUGGGAAGAAAAAUCCAUGGACGACCUCUUCAAUUUCGCUGGAGGACAUGAGACUCUUGCUGCUACUUCGAAGAAGCGAAAAGGACGCAAAGAUACCAAAAAGGGGGACAAGACUUCUGAACCUAUAUCCGAAUCGAAACCCGCACCUGAAUUAGAGCCAGAGCCAGAAAGCAAUGCCGAUGCCGCCCGUGCCAGUUCAGAGCAUGGGAGUAGUGACGAAGAGGAGGACAAUAGUGGGGAAGAUGGCUUAAGACGAUCCAGAAAGAAACGGAAGAAAGGGGAACCAUAUCCAUUAGUGUUGGAUGAUAUUCAGAUUGAAGCCAACCGGGAAGUUCGCGCUCAUCCGGGACUCGUCCAGUCCCAAGCCGAUGUUGGCGAAAACCUUUUACUUACUCAUCAAGUACGACAUCAAGUAGCCGUUCCACCGGGUUAUCCCUACGUCCCUUUAUCCCAACAUGUACCGCCUGCUGAGCCGGCACGCAUCUAUCCCUUCAAACUCGACCCUUUCCAGCAAGUUUCCAUCCACGCUAUUGAACGGAAUGAAAGCGUACUUGUGUCUGCUCACACCAGCGCUGGUAAAACUGUCGUUGCAGAGUAUGCGAUUGCCCAUGCAUUACGGAAUAAGCAGAGAGUGAUAUAUACUAGCCCUAUCAAGGCACUUAGUAAUCAAAAAUAUCGAGAAAUGUUGGCAGAGUUUGGUGAUGUUGGACUCGUAACUGGAGAUGUUACGAUAUCGCCGAGUGCCUCCUGUCUAGUAAUGACGACGGAGAUUUUGCGUUCCAUGUUGUAUCGUGGAUCGGAAAUUGUCCGAGAAGUUGCGUGGGUAGUAUUUGACGAGAUUCAUUACAUGCGCGACAGGGAACGAGGUGUCGUAUGGGAAGAGACCCUCAUCUUACUUCCACACACCGUCCGCCAUGUGUUCCUCUCCGCCACCAUUCCUAAUGCCAUGCAAUUUGCGGAAUGGGUUUGCGAUGUCCACGAACAGCCAUGCCACGUCGUUUAUACAGAUUUCCGGCCGACUCCACUACAACACUAUCUUUUCCCCAUGGGCGGUGAUGGUAUAUACUUGGUUGUGAACGAAAGAAGUGAGUUCAAGGAAGGGAACUUCAACAAGGCAAUGGCUCGUGUCUCGGAAGGAAAAGGGGAGGACCCAUCAAACCCUUUUGCUGGCAGGGGCAACAAAGGGCGAGUUAAAACUGGCUCUUCUGAUAAAGGCUCCGUGGAUAUCGUGAAGCUCGUCAAGAUGAUCAUGUUGAAGAACUACCAUCCGGUCAUCGUCUUCGCUUUUAACAAGUCAAUUUGCGAGUCGUUGGCAAUGACGAUGACCAAGAUUGACUUCAACACCUCUGAUGAGCAAGAAAUGGUCAAUAAAAUUUACACGAAUGCCAUCAGCGCUCUCUCUGAAGAAGAUCAGAAGCUUCCUCAAAUCGAACACUUGCUGCCACUAUUAAAACGUGGCAUCGGUAUCCAUCAUUCAGGUCUUUUACCAAUCUUAAAGGAGGUCAUCGAGAUUCUCUUCCAGGAGGGUCUGGUUAAGCUUCUUUUUGCCACUGAGACGUUUUCCAUCGGCCUGAAUAUGCCUGCUAGGACGGUCGUCUUCUAUUCUGUCAUGAAGUUUGAUGGAAAAGCACAACGGCCACUCAGUGGAGGCGAAUACAUCCAAAUGUCUGGCCGCGCUGGUCGUCGUGGUAUAGACGAUCGCGGUAUCGUCAUCAUGAUGUGCGAUGGGACAGUCACAUCGGAAGCCACAUUGAACAUGGUGAAAGGCGGGGCAGAUCCCUUGAAUUCCGCCUUCCACAUUGGGUAUAACAUGAUUCUCAACUUGAUGCGAGUGGAAGGCAUCAGUCCCGAGUACAUGUUAGAACGUUGUUUUUACCAAUUCCAGAGUCAAGCAGAUCUUCCGAACAUUCAAAAAAAGCUUGAACUCAUGCAGGAGAAGAAGGAUGCGAUAGUGGUACCAGAAGAAGAGAAAGUUGCUGACUACUGGGAAGUGCGGCAUCGGUUGGAGGAGCUCAACUUGGAUCUCCGGGAUAUUAUCACACAUCCAAAUUAUAUAGAGCCAUUCCUUAACGUUGGUCGUCUGAUUCGUAUUCAACAUGGGGAUUUGGACUUUGGCUGGGGCGUGAUCCUGAAGUAUGCAAAAAGAACUCCAGCUGAUAAGAGCCGGGGGUAUGCCCUUCCUGACGAGUUCGAAAGCAAACCUCAAAACCAAUACAUCCUCGACGUCUUAUUAAACUGCUCCCGUGGCUCGUCUCUUCCCCUGGAGAAAGUCGCACCCGAACAGGUUCCUCGCGGCGUUCAGCCUUGUCCACAGGGCGAAAAGGGCGAACCACUCGUAGUCCCCGUCAUGCUUUCUACUCUUCAAGAAAUCAGUGCUUUACGGCUUCACGUCCCGAAAGAUUUGCGGCCAUUAGAGGCUAGACAAACCUUAUGGAGGAGUGUACUGGAAGUCAAAAAACGUUUCCCGCAAGCAAUUCCCCUCCUCGAUCCGAUCACGAAUAUGAAGAUCAGCGAUGACUUGUUCGUUGACCUGACUAAGAAAAUAGCAUCCCUGGAAUCCCGCCUAAAAUCCAAUCCUAUCUCCGAAGACCCCCGACUUCCUCUGAUGUAUGACCUGUACUCCACCAAACAGCGCGCCACUGAAGAGAUUAAGGGACUGAAGCGGAAGAUAAGAUCCGUCAACAGUGUCCUGCAAAUGGAUGAGCUUAAAUGCAGGAAACGUGUCCUGAGACGGUUACAGUUCAUCACCGCGGAUGAUAUUGUGGAGACGAAAGGACGGGUGGCAUGCGAGAUCAAUUCCGGGGACGAAUUACUGCUCACCGAAAUGAUCUUCAAUGGAGUUUUCAACUCGCUUGCACCUGAGCAUUGUGCUGCGCUCCUCAGUUGUUUCGUUUUCGAUGACACAAUUGAUCAGGCUGUCAAGUUGCGGGAGGAGUAUCAAGCGCCAUUAAGACAGAUGCAAGAGCUGGCCAAACGGAUCGUCCAAGUCUCCAAAGAGUCGAAAAUCGACAUCGACGAAAACACUUACCUGAAAUCUUUCAAGGUGGACAUCAUGGACUGCGUUACGCAGUGGUGUCGCGGAGCGAGUUUCGUUGACACAUGCGCGAUAGCAGACGUAUUUGAGGGGAGUAUGAUUAGGAUCUUCCGCCGGUUAGCAGAGCUGGUACGAGAGAUGGCGGCUGCCUCGCGUGCUAUCGGCAACGCUGAACUAGAAAAGAAGUUCACCCAAGCAACGGAGAUGUUAGAACGGCGUAACUCUGUCAUUUUCUGUGCCUCACUAUAUUUGUAGUGUUAUUAUUUUGUCAUUUUUUUUGCUUUCUUCAACACAACUCUAGUCAUGAUGGUCCAUUGUACGUGCAUCGUUGCUUUAAUCAGAGUUUCAGAUCAAUAGUGCCGUGUGGGCAGGCAUUUAAUAUACAAUCGACUAUGUUUGAUAUCUGAA